UCGCAAUGCCAUUCAUUCCGUCUCUUUUCAUCACCACACACAGAGAGAUUUUAUCAAUCAAUUUUCUGUGCUCCACAGAAUACUAAAUUCUGCAAUUUCGUGCCAUUUGCAAUUUUCUUGGUGUUUCUGCAAAGUUAUUUGAGGUGCAAAGAUGGCAAGUCAGACACAGGGAAUCCAGCAGCUAUUGGCAGCAGAAAAGAGAGCAGCUGAGAAGGUUGCAGAAGCAAGGAAACGGAAAGCUGUGCGCCUAAGGAAGGCCAAGGAGGAGGCUCAGGAUGAAAUUGAAAAGUACAGACAGGAGAGGGAUCGUCAGUUUAAGGAAUUCGAGGCAAAGUACAUGGGGUCUCGUGAGGGUGUCGCCGCGAAGAUUGAUAGUGACACCAAGGUGAAGAUUGAGGAGAUGAAUAGGAUGCUGGUGGCCAAUAAGGAGGCUGUUGUGCAGGAACUUCUGGAUCUUGUCUACGACAUCAAGCCAGAGGUGCACAAGAAUUACCAGCUCAAGUAAAUCUUUCGUGCGCAGGGCGCUACAUUUUCAGGAGGGGCACCGGCAAUCUCUCUCACAUCAUGACACUCGGAUGCCAAAGGAUCAGCGUGCAAGGAAAAUGACAAAAGAAGUCUCUUAAAAGAAAAUUCGCCAUCAAAUUCAUUUAAAAAAAAAUCUUUCUCCGUUCAAGGGGACAUUAAGAUCGACGCUGAAAUUACUUUGAAUCUCAAUUCGCUCAAUUCUCAAGGUCCCCAAGACGUGCUGUGCAUGUAAAUUGAUUUUAAAACAUUUAUUUAGCCAGUUAUAUAAAUCUGCAAUUUGCCGUAUAUAUAAUUGAAUGUAAGAUAGAGCUUUUUUUCUCCCAACAUUUCUCCUUUUUCUUUUUUUUUUUAAUUACCCUCCCAGCCACACAUACACACGUAAAUUCACCAUUUAGGCACAGUAAUUUUGUUGUUUUCUUGAAGAGACAAAUAUUAUUAUUAUAUAAUUAAUUAAUAGUUAAUGCAAUCUCUCUGUGCACAUUGAAUAUUUAAAAAAAAAUUAUAAUUCGUGUAAAGGAAAAAAAUAGAGAUGUUCAAUAAAAAAAUGUUCAAUGUUCAA